AUGCGGCGCACCCGACCGCUACCCGACACCAAUCCUGAGCUCAUUGUGAUCGAGACACCUGGCUUAUGUUACGAGUAUAGGGUCGAAAACUGUCAUUUAGCUCAAGAUGGAAGCCGAAGAGUUGAACAGGGGACAUCAAGACUGAGCUGGAAGGAUGGCUUGUGCACUCAAAUUCUCUGGGAAUCAAUCCUUGUUAUCCCUCCGCAUGGGAUUCAAUUCGAAACUCAUCGAGGUUUUCCUCCAUAUCCUCUUUUCGCCUCGCGCAGCUUUAUACCUCUGAUCAUCCUGCAAAAUUUUGUAAUCAACGAAGGCCUGCGGAGGUGGGACGUUCGGUUCUAUCUUGCGGCCAUCAAGAAAGCAUCAAGCGGCGCAAUGAGUAUGGAAGUAGCGUACGAGAACAUUCUUCCCCGUUUUCCUGUUUUGAUAGAAGUAUACCACGGUAUACAUGGCAAUCUUCAGACAAUGAAUGAGGACACUCAAAAUCUAUAA